AUUUAUUUAUUUUUUUGUGAAAAAAUGUCAUCAAUUUUGGAAUUAAUAUUAGAUGAACCCAAUGGACAACAGUGUUUGCAUGUAAACAAUUAUAAUACUAGUUGGGAAAAAUGCAAUUUUACCAGCAAUAGUGCUAACUGUAAAUACGAUGGCAUUAUCUAUGAUUUUACCAAAAUGGUAUAUUGCGAUAUCGGCGACGACUAUCGGGCCGCCUCAGUAUGCGUACUAUUGGCAGUCCUACUAUUCCUGUUUCUGGCAAUGGGAACGGUAGCUGAUGAAUUUUUAUGUCCGUCACUAUUGACUGUAUCUAAAACAUUACGACUGCCCGAUAACAUAGCGGGGGUCACAUUUCUGGCCUUCGGUAACGGUGCUCCCGAUAUAUUUUCGGCCAUCAGCGGCGUUACCGAUGCUAAGCCGACACUAAUAUUUUCGGGACUUUUCGGCGCCGGCAUAUUUGUAACUACCGUAGUGGCCGGCAGUGUCCUAUUGACCGGCGAGUUUGAGGUCAUGCAGAGGCCAUUGAUGAGAGACAUUGCCUUCUAUAUUGGAGCGACGUUUAUGGUCUGGUUUAUCAUAUGGAAGACACAUAUCUAUUUGAAAAAUGCAAUCACACUGGUUGUCGUCUAUGUUUGCUAUAUCGGUGUAGUCAUAAUUGGCCGCUAUUUUUAUAUGAAAACCAAAAAAGCCAGAAAAGUAGCCGAAGCUAAAAAACAGACGAAAACUAUUACGAAAACAAUUAUUCAGAUCAACGAUACCGUCGCCGCCGCCGAUGAUGAUAAUGAUGUCGACACCAAUUCAACUGAUAUCAGUGUAAUCAGCGAUAGUAUUGAUGAUAACGGAGGUGACGGCAGUGGUGGUGCCGGUGCUGGUGUUGAUCCCGAAGCCGGUAUCGACUUUAAGCGUACUAAACGAUUGACAACCAAAAGGCAACGCUCCCAGAGCUUGGAGUCGGAACAGGAUGUUGUACUAACACGUUUCUAUAGGAAAGGUACAAUGAGGACACCCCGACACAGUAGGACCAACUCGUUUGCCAAACAUCUGGCCCAUCAUCACCAUGAAAACAUGUUGGCAGCCAUACAACGAAACUAUGAUAACCAAUACAAUCGCAAAUUGGAUACCAACACAACAUCCCAGUCCCAGUCCCUGGCUAUCCCUACAUACGAGUCCUCUACCAGCAAAGUAACAUUCCGUUCCCAAAUAUCAACCAUAUCUGUCGCUUCCAUAAUAUCAAUGGAAACCCUUUCACGAGCGCUGACCGAAUCACGUGAACUACUCCUACAUCUAUCGCCUAUAGACUUGAUUGAAUGGCCCGACUAUCGAUGGUAUAGGAAACUACUGGAGUGUGUCAAAGCACUGCCCUAUUUUGUUAUGACACUAUGUAUACCGGUUGUCGAUUUGGAAAGUCCUAAAGAUAAUUGGUGUCGACUCCUAACAUGUAUUAAUAUAAUAUUUGCACCGCAAGUGGCACUGUUUUUUCUGGGAUAUAUUGACGACUAUAUUAUACCAUCGUUUCCCAUAUGGUCGCUAACACUGGUCCUAUCGCUAAUAGUCGCGGCCAUUGUCUACCUGACCUCAACACCCGAGUCGCCGCCCCGUUAUAAUCGGGUAUUCGGUUUUGUCGGGUUCGGCGUAUCGGUUAUAUUUAUCAAUGCCAUUGCCAACGAAGUUAUCAAUGUAUUGGAAACCCUGGGUAUUAUGUUCAACUUGAGCGAUGCCAUACUAGGCCUGACCAUACUGGCCUGGGGUAACAGUCUGGGAGAUUUAAUAUCGGAUAUAUCAAUGGCCAGACACGGCUAUCCAGGUAUCGGCAUAUCUGCAUGUUUUGGUGGACCACUACUUAAUCUGUUACUUGGUUUGGGUAUCCCCUACACUAUAAUGCUGGUCGACGAGCCUGAGGACGGUAUUGAGCUUGUAUACAAUCGUAUGGUAACCCUAUUGUACACAACAAUAUCCAUUAGUCUAAUAUCAUCUCUAAGUCUAUUUAUAUGCAAUAGAUUUCGGGCAAAAAAAUUUCACGGAAUUUAUUUGAUUUCAAUUUAUUUUAUUUAUGUUGUAUUUGCUAUACUAAUUGAAUCUGAGAUACUUUAAGAUAAUAAUAAUAA